AUGCAGACAUCCUUUCCAGAAGUUAAUAAGUCCAAAAGAGAAAAAAGACAGAAUACAAAUCCUCUAGACCUUUUGGAAGCUGUCAAAGCUAUUGAGGUAGUAGAAAUAUUUCGAGCAAUAGCAGAAUACUACCAGUCAAAAGAAAUCAAUGAAAAAUUCAAUUUGAGAGACUGGACUCCAGGUUUUAAAAACAGUAAAGUUGAAUAUGGAAAGUUGACCGAAGCAAACCUAAAUCAAUAUUUAGAGCAAAAAAGGCAACAGGAGCUGAUAAUCCAACAACAGGAUACUGAAUUUUAUAGUGAAAUUACCUGGGCAUACCAAAAUUGGUACCAUAAUAUGAGAGGGACUAAAGAUAGUGAGAACAACUCUAUAGUUAUUAAUGAGAAUUAUUUAAUUGACUCAUCAAAAUAG